AUGGCCGACCCUCUGACGGCUCUAGGCGCUGCGUCCGCAAUCGUGCAAUUCAUCGACGUGGCCUCCAAGUUGAUCUCUACAGCACAUGGAGAUUACAAUGCGACAUCCGGGGCGACGGAACAGAAUGUCCACCUCGGGAGCCUCACAGGCGACCUCCAGACUUUUUGCAAAAGCCUGACCGUCACGUACAGAGACCGGGCCCCCGUUGCCGAUAUCACGGACCAGGAUACCAAAUCCAUAAUCGAGAUGGCGGAAAGAUGUCGGGCUCUCGCCACGAAGCUGUUGAAAGUCCUAGAAGACCUCAAAGUCCAUGGAACGGGCGUGUGGCGGUCCUUUGAUGCCAUCCGCCAAGCCAUCCGAGCGACGGCGAAAUCGAGACAUGUUGCAAGUAUGCAGGAUGCCUUGGCUGAUAUCAAAGGCCUUCUCGACUCGUAUCUUUUGAAGAGUAUACAGACCUCGCAAUCGUCGUUGCAACUAUCACUUGAUGCGCUUGCGAGGACGACCGAAGCAAUGCACAAAGAAAACAUUGCAGAACUACGAAUGUCGCACAGUUCCAUAGUCACGGCAUUGGCGCGUCAGGAACGCGAAUUGAGUAAUUUCAAGUCCCAGAUCGCAGCGGCUGGUCCGAUCCGUCAGAGUAGCUUUGGUGGGAGUGUUCUUGGUGGCAGUAGUUUUGGUCGGAGUGGUUUUGAGAGUAUCGACAACUCGAUCCGCGCUUUCACGCAGGCCAUGGAGCGUACCAAAAGAAGAGUCGAUGAUGUCCAGAAGCAGUUGCACAUUCUCAGCAGCCUCCAAUUCCCGGAAAUGCAUAUGCGACACUCGGCCAUUACCGAGGCCCAUAGAAGUACAUUCUCGUGGGUCUACGAUGAGACAGCGAGCACUUUUGCAACGUGGCUCGAGGGAUCUGAUGGUCUGUUCUGGGUGAAUGGCAAAGCUGGCUCCGGAAAAUCGACGUUUAUGAAAUAUGUCAGUGAUAACAUGGUCGACCACGCAGCGCUUCGCAAGCAAGUCCACGCGGUCAAAGAGGAUCCACUGGCGAGACAGAUGACUAGAGAUGGUCCAACCGCGAGACUGCUCCGUAAAUGGGCGGGAAGGAAAUCGUUGGCCACGGCAAGCUUCUACUUUUGGAACUCCGGAUUCCCACUGCAAAAGUCCCAGCAAGGCCUCAUGCAGAGCCUCCUCUUUCAGGUCAUGCGAAAGAAUCCUAAUUUGAUCAGCGAAUCUGUACCGCAAAGAUGGAGCCAAGAUGAGAUCUUCCACCAACAUCCCGACCCAUGGACGAGGCAGGAAUUAUCCGAGGCCCUCACAUCUCUCCUCUCUCAUACUAAGCAGAGCACUCGCUUUUGCUUCUUCAUCGACGGUUUGGAUGAGUACUCGGGCGAUCACUAUAAACUGGUCGAGGACCUCAAGUUACUGGUCGAUUCUCACGCAGUGAAGAUUUGCGUCUCGAGUCGACCGUGGAAUGCAUUCACCGCUGCAUUUGCAGAAACUGCAGAUCGCGCUCUUGUCCUGCAGGAUCUCACCCACAACGACGUCCAUAACUACGUUAAAGAGAUGCUGGAAGACGACGCUCGAUUCAAGCCGCUAGCACAGCAAGACGAUCGAGCCCACGAUCUUGCGGUGGAAAUCCAAGAAAAGGCACAGGGCGUCUUCCUCUGGGUAUUCCUCGUCGUAAGAUCUCUCCUCCGCGGCCUGACCGAUCUCGACGACAUUCCUAUGCUGCAAAAACGCCUACGACAACUCCCGACAGAUCUCGAGCAAUAUUUCCAACUCAUGCUCGAUUCCGUCGAUGACGUCUAUCAGCGCUACACAGCACGCACUCUACUCAUCGUCUUCGAAGCCGACGAACCCCUCUCAAUGCUAGCAUUCUGGUACCUGGAAUCCGACCUCGAAGACCCCACCUCCGUCCUCACCCUCCCCAUUAAACCCCUCCCGGACUCAACCGUCAAAACCUGCCGCGGCGUCGUCGCCGCCCGUCUGAAAAAAUGGUGUCGAGAUUUAUUAGAAGUCGUCUGGAGUCCCGCGAGCGGGAGUUUCGGGGACAUGGCGCAGCUUUUCAAAGUCGACUUUCUGCAUCGCACCGUGCGAGACUUCCUCAUGACGAGAAGUAUUCAGGAGAGCCUUUUGUCCCGCGCGGGAGAAGAUUUCUGCGCUUCCCUCUCGACAUGUCGCUUAUAUCUCGCCUUGGCGAAAUGGUUGAAUCCCGUCCGGCAUGAAGAUGGCAUGGUCCCUUUUCAUCGCAUCUCGGGCGUGAUUCUGCGAUCGGCUGCUUCGUAUGAGUUUCGAUAUGGAGAGACGCCGUGGCGGAUUCUGAAUGAAUUGGAACGCGUCGGCGAGCAUUUCGGUCAUGAUCCUUGGGGUGGAGAUGGCGCUAUCACGACGACGACCCGUGGGGAUUUUCUUACUCUCGCUCAGCGCUAUGGGUUGGAAAUCUACCUCGCGCAUGUGGCAGUGAGGUCAUCCGCCAAAAAACAGAUGGAGGGACAUCAAGCCUUCUCAGGUGCAGAAUCGCAAGGUCUGACACCCUUUUCUUAUAAAAAUCAACAAAACGGAGUGUCCAGUCAAGCAUCUUCUACAAAUCUGGGCAAUUCUUCUCCAUCCUUUGAUUCAAUCCUCGCAAGGACUACAGAUCUCGAGGGCGGCGGGGAUUGUUGCGCGGGCGAUAUAUUGCAGCCAGUUGGAAAGGUUCAGGGGUCUACGAGGAAGUGGUCUCGUCGGUUUAAGAAAAUGAUUCGCGUGAAGGAGAUGGCGGUGGCGCUGUGA